CCUCCCGUGAAGCCUAGCGCGGGGAAGGACCGGAACUCCGGGCGGGCGGCUUGUUGAUAAUAUGGCGACAGGCGCUGCUUGGGAAUCCCGAGGAGGCGGUGGGGCUGACACCUGGAAGAAGGGUCUCAUUUCGGGCUAGUGCGGCGGUUUCCGAAGACCCGAAAGUCCUAGCCAAUAGCUGAAUGAGGGGAUCCGGGCCCUCCCCGCGACAGUCCCCCCGCGCCCUCCGCCCGGACCCGGGCCCCGCCAUGUCCUUCUUCCGGCGGAAAGUGAAAAGCAAAGAACAAGAGAAGACCCCCGAUGUCAACUCAAUUAAAGCGUCAAUAGCUGUACAUUCCCCACAAAAAAGUACUAAAAAUCAUGCCUUGCUGGAGGCCGCAGGACCAAGUCAUGUUGCAAUCAAUGCCAUUUCUGCCAACAUGGACUCCUUUUCAAGCAGCAGGACAGCAACACUUAAGAAGCAACCAAGCCACAUGGAAGCUGCUCACUUUGGGGACCUGGGCAGAUCUUGUUUGGACUACCAGACUCAAGAGACCAAAUCAAGUCUUUCAAAAACCCUUGAACAAGUCUUGCAUGACACUGUUGUCCUCCCUUAUUUCAUUCAAUUCAUGGAACUUCGGAGAAUGGAACACUUGGUUAAAUUUUGGCUAGAGGCUGAGAGUUUUCACUCUACAACUUGGUCCCGAAUAAGAGCACAUAGUCUGAAUACAGUGAAGCAGAGCUCACUGGCUGAGCCUGUCUCUCCAUCUAAAAAGCACGAAACUGCAGCAUCUUUUAUAUCUGAAUCCCUUGACAAGAGGUUGGAAGAUUCUUGUCCAGCCCAGUUGCUUAUGACUCACUCAGAAGGAAUUGACCUGAAUAAUAGAACUAAUAGCAGUCAGAAUUACUUGCUGCUUUCCCAAGAAUGUGACAGUACCCAUUCUUUUCAUCUUGAAAUGGCCAGAGCAGGAACUCAUCCAGCUUCCAUGGAAACUCAAGAAUCCUCCUCUAGACUAACAGUAGCCGGUAGGAACAGUCCCUCUUCUCCACUGAAAGAAUUAUCAGGAAAACUAAUGAAAAGUAUAGAACAAGAUGCAGUAAAUACUUUCACUAAAUAUAUAUCACCAGAUGCUGCUAAGCCCAUACCAAUUACAGAAGCAAUGAGAAAUGACAUCAUAGCAAAGAUUUGUGGAGAAGAUGGACAGGUGGAUCCCAAUUGUUUCGUUUUAGCACAGGCCAUAGUCUUUAAUGCAAUGGAACAAGAGCACUUUAGUGAGUUUCUGCGAAGUCACCAUUUCUGUAAAUACCAGAUUGAAGUGCUGACCAGUGGAACUGUUUACCUGGCUGACAUUCUCUUCUGUGAGUCAGCCCUCUUUUAUUUCUCUGAGUACAUGGAAAAAGAAGAUGCAGUGAAUAUUUUACAAUUCUGGUUGGCAGCAGAUAACUUUCAGUCUCAGCUUGCUGCCAAAAAGGGCCAGUAUGAUGGACAGGAGGCACAGAAUGAUGCCAUGAUCUUAUAUGACAAAUACUUCUCUCUCCAAGCCACACAUCCUCUUGGGUUUGAUGAUGUUGUACGAUUAGAAAUUGAAUCUAAUAUCUGCAGGGAAGGUGGUCCACUCCCAAACUGUUUUACAACUCCAUUACGUCAGGCCUGGACAACCAUGGAGAAGGUCUUUUUGCCUGGCUUUUUGUCCAGUAAUCUUUAUUAUAAGUAUCUGAAUGAUCUCAUCCAUUCUGUUCGAGGAGAUGAAUUUCUGGGAGGGAGUGUUUCACUGACAGCUCAUGGCUCUGUUGGCCUUCCUGAUGAGUCUCACCUGUGUGGUUCCGAUAGUGCCACUUCUCAGUCCAGUGUGAAAAAAGCCAGUAUUAAAAUUUUGAAAAACUUUGAUGAAGCAAUAAUUGUGGAUACUGCAAGUCUGGACCCAGAAUCUUUAUAUCAGCGUACAUAUGCAGGGAAGAUGACAUUUGGAAGGGUCAGUGACUUAGGACAAUUUAUCCGAGAAUCUGAACCUGAACCUGAUGUAAAGAAAUCAAAAGGAUCCAUGUUCUCACAGGCUAUGAAGAAGUGGGUACAAGGAAAUACUGAUGAGGCCCAAGAGGAACUAGCUUGGAAGAUUGCUAAAAUGAUAGUCAGUGACGUUAUGCAGCAAGCACAGUAUGACCAACCGUUAGAAAAAUCUACAAAGCUAUGACCCAAGGCCUGAGAUAAAAGAAUCUUCUUUUGAAAAAUGAGAGAACUUUGUCCUUUGGUUGGAUUCUUCAACACAGCCAGUGAAAAGAAUGCACUGUAUUUAUUGUCACUGAUGCAUCACUGUUGUUUCCAAGAAAGAAUGGGAGACAAUCCUAGACCAUAAUGCAGAGUAACAUGUAGUCUUAAAUGAUGCACAUGAUGUUCACACAGUGAGUCACAGAGAUACAAUAUGGUAUUAUAUACAUUACUAGAAAAUUACUGAUUUUCCAAUGGCAAUAACUCAUGUAUGAGAGAGUUAGUCCACUGGAUAGACAGGGACCACAUCCUGUAUGAGGCAGAUAAAUGUAGAGUCGGUAUUUGAUACACUUUCUGGUAGUGGGAAUCCAUCCGUAGCAGCAUCAUAAAGCAUGUGGCAGAGGUGCUUUGCUUUAUCCUCCUAAAACUAACAUGUGAGCCAUCCCCACCGAGAGCCAGGUAGCUCCGAGUGGCAGUGUGAGGCUAGAAGCUCAUAGAACAGGUUGAGGAUUCUUUUAUGUAGUCUUCCUUCACAGAAGCAUUAAUUUAGAAGGAAACCAACAAGACACUGUUCAGUCCUCAGUGACAUAGCCCUUCCUUUUGGUGGCAGUAUACAGUUUUCACAAUUUACUUGCUCCUGAGAUGCACUAUCCUUAAAACCAGUCUCUCCUCUGCUAAUGAAGGAGCAAAUCUAGUUUACAUUGAACACUAAGAUUUGUUCUGGAAUUCUGCACUCCAGUUACUAAACUUCCCCUUCAGAAAACGUGGAAAGAAACGCACUCCAGUUUUUCACUCGUACUAUCUUGAACAAAAUGCUUAUUCUGAGAUUGUGGGUUUUUUUUUUUAACACUCAAUAAGGUGGAGAGAGAAGGAGUCAGACUUUGACUGCUUUCUCCAUUCUUUGGUGAGAGUGGGAAAUGUGCUGUUUUGUUUUGUUCUAUUUUCCUUCCUGUCUUCAGGACAGUAAGCGAUUUGCUUGCUGCACUUCUGCUCAGUUAGCUUUGGUUGGGUCUGCACAGCCAUCCACAGAGCCUCCAGGUGGUGAGCACACUCCACUGGCCUGGCUGCGCCAGUCCUUCCUUGAUGCAUGUGACUGAGGAGAAAGAAAGUUCUAUUAGGUGUUACUGCUUUUGCUCAGACUUUGAAAAAAGAAAAAGAUAUAUACAUAUAUAUGUAUAUAUAAUUAAUUAUUAAUCACCUCUGUCUUGAGAAAAUCUUUUUUUUUUUAAGAAAAUCUUGACUGAAUAAAGAAUUUACUUCAUUGUAAUCCAAUUGUGUAGAGGCACACUGUUUGAAGAAAAGAAGCAAAAAGGCUGUGUAUAAGUUUUGGUACCAUGUACCACCUCUGUUAUUCUUCUAAAGCUGAAGUAUUCAUGUACUUAAACCAUAUUCUAUUUAAUUGUGUUUGAUUUUAAAUAUAUAUAUAAAUUAUAUUUAAAAUUGUGUCAACUUUCUGCUUUCAGGACAUUGAUGGCUCUUUAUAUAUUGAUCCUUCCUAAUAUGUCCAUAUCCAGAACAUGAGUCACUAUUGGAGUCAGCCUUGUGUUAGCAGUGUAGGCAUAGAACUGAGGUUAAAAUAUACACAUAUAUAUGCACACAUAUAUGUACAUAUAUCUGUGUGUACAUAUAUGCAUAGUGUGUGUGAUUAACUCAUUUUGUUCUUUUAACAAAAUACUUCCAUUUCGGGCUGGGGAUUUAGCUCAGUGGCGUAAGCAUCUGCCUGGCAAGUACAAGGUCAUGAGUUCGAUCCCUGGUACAAAAAAAAAAAAAAAAAAUUCCAUCCGUUUCACAUUGCUUCAAACUUUAAACAAGAGAAAAGCAAUAUAAAGGUCAUUGAAUAAAAUGUGGUUUUAAUGAUUUUUGCUGCCUUUGCAUGUUUUGAAAUAACAAUUUCCGUAAAACUCUAGGCUAAAAACUAGUGGUUUCCAUUGAGAUAAUUUCUGGUCAUUUCUCAGUAUACAUUUUGUGCUUCUGAGUUACAUAUACCAGUAGUUGUAAUCUUCUUAUAAAGAGAAAAAUAACAGGUUUGAGACUAGGUCAGCUGUGACCUGCUAAGAGAGAUAAAAGCACUGUGGCCUGAAUUAUUAGUUAGAUUUAAUGUACAAUCUAAAUUAGAUCCUUACACUCAUUUGAAAGUUGGAAUUGGGUCCAUCUAACAUUGAGCACUCACUUACAUUCCAGGGACCAUGCAGUGUACCCACAAAAUGUGAUUCCCUGGCAAAGUUUUUAUAAGAUCAAGGAAUUAUUUAAACACCCUUCAUCCUUAUCAUGUCAUUGACAUCAACAUAAAUUGUUUAAAAAGUGAAAUAUUAGUGAGAAAGUGAUACCUUUGUAACUUGGUGUGUCUUCAUCACUUUGAUAAGAUUUGAUGAGUAUAAAGCAAAUGAUGAGCAAUAAAACAGGGACCAAGCUUUUGUAACUUUUUCUAUUUGGGUUUCAAUAUUCAGCAGAGUUUUAUGAAAUGUAAAUCGUUUAUAGUACUAGAAUUUUGACUAGUUCAAUAGAACUUCGGAGAGGAGUGUCAUUCUGAAUUGAAGAAAGUAAAACAUUAUUGUUGCUUUAAGUACUGAGUACUAAGCACCUGGUGAAACAGCUGAUUUCUCUAACACAGUUUGGAACCUGCCUGACUAAAAAUUAAUUCACGUCAUAUACUCCUACGGAGUGAGGGCCGUAUUUGUGCACAGGGACUUUUUCUUUCUCACCAUCUCCCCUGCCUUCUAGUUGAUUGGACCAGAGUAGAACUGAUCUAAAAAGGCUCGAGGCAGUUCUUGGAUGGGGCACCUACAGAGGCAGGAAUGCAAGCACGAGAGAGGAGCUGCCUUGGUAACCCUGAGGACUCCCGUGGUCUUGGCAUCUAGUCCUGCAUCCUUACCUUGGCCUGCACUCAUCAGGUCUCUGUGUCCAGCUCUGCAUUUUGCCUUGACCUGUGCUUAUUCCUCAGGUAUGCACAGAAUGAAUCUUGAUUUUUAAAGAUCAGCCUGGAGGGAAUUUUUACUACAUGCAACCAAAAAGAUCUUGACUAAAGGGCUACCCAACUUGCUCUUGGUUCCUAAUCAUUAUAUGUGUUCAAUACAUGUGCUGAUGAAUUCUAGAGAAUUUUUCUCCAGUAAACCUUCUUUGGUUAUUUUGUGUAUUCCCUCAAAACAGUACUACCUGAUGGAACUAAAGACCCUCUUGCCCCCCCUCCAGGUAUUCAGGAGGCUGAAGCUGGAGGUCAGUUAAAGGUCAACCUAGGGAAAUUAUUGAGACCCUGUCUCAAAAUUUAGAAGUAUAAAAAGGCUGGGGAUGUAGCUCAGGGUUUCUUGGGUCAAUUUUCAAUAUAGGAUAGGAGGAGGGAGAAAAGACCCUUUUUAUAGUGAAAAAUUACUUAGAUCCUUUUCCUGCAUUCUACAUCCUACUGAAGGAUAAACAUGAUUCCCACUUUCUUAGCAGUGUAAUAAUUCUAGAAGGAGUUUCAAUUACUGAGUAACCAAAGUUUAAAAUGGGAAGAGAGCAUAAGUAUUACAAAAUCUACAAAUGCUGACCACUUCUGUACACUAAGCCAAAUCUCUGCCAUUUGGCUGGUGUCACGAAAUAAGAAAUAAAUCUCAGUAAAUUCUUCAAGAUAUGAACUUGGCCAAGGGGUUGCAGGGUACUCACAAUAACAGCAAACUUCUGAGUCCCUUUCAGAUGGGCACUGAAAAUGCUUCUCUCGUCUUUAAACAAGUUUGGGAAUGUCUCAGAGGGAAAGGAUAUUGUAGAUUCUAGAUAGGUAAGGAUGCCCGGGAAGUGCAUUGGAGGGGACUGGUGUGCGCAGAGACCCUGAGGACAUUCAUAUUCAGGGAGGGUUUCUGCUAUUUGCUUACCUGGCAUAGAGGAAAGCAAAUAUUUUUGUUGGUGUGAUUUUAUGCAAAGAAGAAGUAUUUCAAUUUGUUGCUUUCAAACUACCUGCUUCUGAUAUAGUCAAAAUGCCACAGAACUUACCUGGAAUCAGUAAGCCUCUUGCUUAAGGAUGAGAGUACAUCCACAACCCCCUGAUACCAUUGAGGCAUCUGUGGGACUGGGCCCUUAGGUGUCCCCUGAGCACGGGGUAUAAACCCAAUCUAGAAUGGGUGGAUCCUCUUGGCCCAGACAAUCUAUGGUGGGUGGAUACAAAACCUAGAAAGAAAUUGUGAUUUUACAAGGAGCAAAUGAGAGAUGAAGAUCGUGCCAAUUGUGGUAUUUCCUCCAGCUUUGAAUUUCUAAGUUUUUGUCUUAAAUGUGCCCCUCAGCACAACCCUAAAUGAACCUAAGCUGUUCUCUGCCUGCAAUAUAAUAAAACCCCACAUGCCGUACAACAAGUUCUAAUUGAAAAAAACACCUGACCAGGACUUGACCCUUAAGAUUAAGCAUAGCUCCAAGUGGUGGGUCGAAGCCCAGAACCUCACCAAAGCCUCAACACACCCACCCAGAUUUUACCAGGAAGCAGCCAUCCUUCCUUUAAUUAGAACUGUUGGUUUAAUAAAUGUUCACCCUGUGAAUGUCAAGUACUAUUUAUAGUAUAGGGACACAGGAAGAAGUAAAACUUCCUUGCUCUGCCCCUUACAGGUUCUGAGGUGAACUUGAAAAUUAGAGGUUGUAUUGAAGUAUAUGGUCGACUGGAGAUGUCACCCUGUGGGAGAGCACAUGUUGACGAUGUAUGAGACCCUGAGUUGAGUAGCACUAAAAAGUUAAGUAAUAGGGGCUGGGGAUUUAGCUCAGCGGCAUAAGCGCCUGCCUUGGAAGCAGGCAGUCGUGAGUUCAAUCCCCGGUACCGAUAAAAAGGAAAAAGACAAAAAAAAAAAAAAAAAGUUAAGUAAUAAUAAGACAUGUUCUGGUAUUUUUAUUCAGGGUUGCCUUUGAGCCCAUGAUGUAACCCUCUCACUCCUGUUCCCCAUCAGUACUGGAAGUCAUCAAGCUCCUGCUGAGCUAAUGGGGAGAACUGUACUCUGGAGAGGGUAGGCAGAGGAACUGAGAAGUUAUUACACUCCUUUUGCCUCCCAGCCUCAACCUUCCACAAGACUCUAGUACAAGACUAGAGGUUCUGACACUUGGGUGUUGAUCAAGGUAUCAACAUCUUGAUUCAGACCAUCAAGGCUAGUCUCUCUCUGAAUAUGACAAGUUGUAGAAGUCACAGGAUUAGUCUUAGCUCUCUGCAGAGCUUUGGUACAUGUUUUAGAGCAAGAAAACUAAUAUAAGAUUAUUUUGUGCGUGUGAUAUAAAAUCAUGGCCUUCGAAAAACAACUAGGUUUUUGGUAAUUCCGUGAAGUGAUGGGCUUCUUGUGAGUUCUUUAAUUGAGUACUUGACAUGUGCUAGGCACGAUCUCUACUAAUCCUCAUAACAAUCUUACAAGGUAAAGUGCUUGUUUUUUCCUCUUAUAAAUGAGGAUGCUGAGGCUUACCAGGUAAAGAAAUUUCUCCAGGAUCUCAUAGCUGAGACUCAAACGCAAACAGCAAGGCUCGCUCUUCCUCACUAUAUUGUCAGACUGCAAAUAGUUGUGUGCUACUCUUUCUUUCAUCUUGCCACUAGUCGGUAUUUUAUCACAGACUAGUACAGCAGAUGUCAAGGCUUAAGAAAAAGUUAGGGAGUUGGGGUUUUAAAAUUGAAAACAUCCCAUCCAUUACCGUGAGCCCGUAGUUGUUUUAACUUUCAUACACAUCUGGAUCUUCUGAAAGACUUAAUAAGACGUUUUUGAUUUAGUAAAAUGCAGGGUGGCAUCAGAAUUUGCAUUUGUAACAAAUUCCCAGAUGAUGAUGUUGAUGCUGUAGUUAUCAGUACUUGUUAUUUUCCCAGCCUUUGCUGGAGACAGGGACUAUGACAUACUCUUCCAGGGUUGAGACUUAAGACUGUUGGAGUGACACCCAAGGUCCCCAAGGAACUCUUUUCAUAAAUCCUGUCUGGUCCAUUUCCUUCCAUUUUGUCUCCCAGAUGCUUGAUGCCAUUUGCACACUGAGAUCCUGACCAUGCUUUCCUUGACCUCUUUCUCCUUUGCUGUUCACUUUUCCAAGGCCCUUCCUUAAUACUUUCUUUUUUUCUUUCCCUUCUUCUUCAUCUUGCUCUUGGGUCCUUCCUCUGCACCUGUUUUCCGAGCCCUGUUAUUUACCUUUUCUAGCUGCUAGGGAAUACAGCAAUAUCCAGGGAAGACACACUGCCUGCUUUCCUUGCAGUCUUGAAAAUGGAAUGGCAGUUCACUAUACGAGUACUGUGAGAGGAAAAAACCUGUGAGCAAUUUAAGGGGAUAACUUCCCUUCCCCUUCCUGGCCAUCUCCGUCUUUCUCCAGGACUUGCUCAUUCUGUAUAUCCCUUUUUUAUUUUAUUUUUUCUCAGAAUACCAUUGCUUUCCAGGUCUGACACAUGCGGGAGUCUCCUGGCCCCAGCUAGCCAGGGACUGACUCUGGCAGCAUUGUCCACAAGCUCCUGGGCAGGACCUUUCUUCCACAUCCUCAUUCAAACCCUUGUUACCUGGGGAGGCUGUCCUCUUCAUUCCAUUCCCACUCCAGGAGGCAUUACUGUCCCUGGUGAUCUGCCCAAAACCUAACCGCCAGCUUUAGUCUAUUGCCAUUUUACUCCUUAGUCACCCUAUAACCAGUUGGUUGUCAUUUCUUGGAACUGUUCUACCUCUGGCUGCUCCUCACACAUUUUGGUCUACCACCCUCAAGCAAGGCAGAUUUUUUUAAUGGUUCUCCAGUUGGAAUGAGUUAAAAGAAGGGAAGGAGAAAACAUAGUCAUUAUUCUAGGAACACAUUCCCUCAUACUUCGAGUAAAGUGUUGCAAACUGCAUCUCAAAGCGCUAUUUCAAGAGCAAUAAGCAUGUGGUUCUAGUGUAAGGAUUAGAAAUGUAUACCUACAUGAUAAACUGGGCUGGAGGAGGAUAAUCCUAAGGCAACAGUUUGGAUCAAGCUUUCCACUGAGAAUGUCAGGCAUGUAUUUUGAAAGUGCUGCAUUUCAGGUCGUGGGUGUAAUUUAGUGGUAUAGUGUUUGCCUAGCAUGUGUAAGGCUCUGGGUUUGAUCCCCAACAUUGCCCAAAGAAAAAAAAAUGCUGCCUCUCAGAUAUAGAUGAAGGAGAUUCACUUCAAGAAAGCUGUAAUAUCGUGAAGACUGAUAAAUAAAAUGCUUGUGGAGAAUAUGAAUAAAAUUGUUACUUGAAAUGUGCAAAUGGGGAAAAAAAGCAAUAUUUUGUAUUACUGUAUUGUAUAUACUGUUACUUUAAAUAAGCAUGUGUGACUAAAUAAAUUAGAUAUUAUAAAUAGA